UAGUUUUCCUCCCGAAGAGGAAGUACUUGCCAGAUGAAGUAGCACGCCGGCCAUGCCAGCUGCUACGCUCCAAAGCCUCGGAACUUGAGCCCCCUCCAAAUCGCUCCACCACACCAAUACUGUAAGCUACUGCUGCUGCUGCUGCUUGUGUGUGCACCAAUCCCGUGUCGCCGAUUGCCGCCACUGCAAGCCUUGCACCUCUCGGCCUAUAUCUCUCUCGCUACCUCCCUCACUGAGCCGUCUCAGCUUGGGUCUUCCACUCCUGAUACCUCUCCGGCUCUCCCCUUCAGUCUUCAGCUCACUGAUCCCACUGGUCUCCAGUUCUUAAGGAUAUGAAGAUUUUCAGCUGGGUAGCGAACAAGAUAGGCGGGAAGCAAGAACCGAGGCGAUCUGCCGCCACUUCUACCGCGCCUUACCGUGGCAAUGUGUCGGAAUGUCGCAACGAUGAGUUCAGUGAUUGGCCCCAAUCAUUGCUUGCAAUUGGGACAUUUGGGAACAAGCAGAUUGAGGAAGAAGCACAAAGUUCGUCCGGGAAUGUGCAGACCGUACAAGAUUCAGUGAAGUUUACAGAGGAGGAAGUAGACAACAUCCGGGAAGAAUUCGAAGUACUGCUCGAAGGCAAUGAUCAAGCAGAGGUUCAGGGAUCACAUGCUGAUGAACAGGUAGCUUCACAAAAACGUGUUGGCGAGCAUGACAGCGCGAAGCACCAGGAGCAGUUGAUGAACAAGGAGAUCAUCAUCAGCAAAGCAAGAGAAAUAGUAGGGAAGAAAGGGGGUGCAAUCAAGCCAAGAUCAAUCGCUUCGCUCCUCAGAUUAUUCGUGUGCAAGGGAGGUUUUACGGCCCCAGUUCUGGAACCAAGGAACUCUUUCCCUCAAACAAGAAUGGAGAAGCUGCUCAAGGCAAUACUGCAGAAGAAAAUACACCCACAAAAUUCCUCCACAGUGGCAACUAGGAGGCAUUUGGACUGGAAGCUAGAUGAGAAAGAAAUCAACGAAUGCCUCGAGGAUGCGCUAAGUGACCUCGAUGACGAUGGCGCAAAGUGGGUCAAAACCGAUUCAGACUUUAUUGUGCUUGAAAUGUAAAGGUGCGUGGAUAUGUUUGUUCUUUUAGGCCAGGUUCCGUAGGUUUUGGCGAGCUUGGUGGGUCUACGGUAUUAUUCAUGAUAUAUACAAGGAAAUAUGGGAUAUAGUAAGGACUGAAGCUAUCAUGUAAUGCUCCUCCGUUUAACCAUCUGUAAUUUGGAGUACAAAACCAUAUUCCAUUCUGAUUCUCUCUUUGGCUACGAGAUUUUAAAGAAGGCAUCCGAUUUUUCGAGUACCA